ACAAAACUGUACAAAAUACCGAAAGCGUGAGUAGAGAUUAUAUCGAAACUUCCGGUGCAACUUUCUUUUUCCGGUCGGCCAUCGAGAUUGGUCGUUACAUCUGAGGAUGAAGCUGAACAUAGCUUAUCCAGCCACUGGCUGUCAAAAACUGAUCGAAGUUGACGAUGAAAAGAAACUUCGGCCCUUCUAUGACAAGCGUAUGUCAGCUGAAGUGACUGCAGAAAACCUGGGUGAUGAGUGGAAGGGAUACCUCCUUCGCAUCACAGGUGGCAAUGACAAGCAGGGUUUCCCCAUGAAACAGGGUGUCCUGACAAAUGGUCGUGUGCGAUUGCUGCUAUCCAAAGGCCAUUCCUGCUUCCGACCAAGGAGGAAUGGUGAGCGCAAGAGGAAAUCUGUCCGUGGAUGCAUCGUUGAUGGACAGCUCUCUGUUCUCUCCAUGAUCAUCAUCAAGAAGGGUGACAAAGAUAUCCCUGGCCUUACUGACAAGACCAUUCCCCGUCGUCUUGGACCCAAGAGAGCCAGCAAGAUCAGGAAGCUGUUCAAUCUGUCCAAGGAAGAUGAUGUGAGACAAUAUGUCAUCCGAAGACCUCUGCCAGAGAAAGAAGGCAAGAAGGCCAAGACAAAGGCUCCUAAGAUCCAGCGUUUGGUCACCCCACUGGUGCUGCAGCACAAGAGACAUCGCAUGGCACUCAAGAAGAGGAGGAACGCUAAGAAACGCGAGGAUGCUGCAGAGUAUGCUAAACUUUUGGCUCAGAGAAUGAAGGAGGCCAAGGAGCGUAAGAGGAGGAGAUCCUCAAACUCAAAGAGCAGGAGUGAAAGCAAAAGCGAAUCUACCAGCAAAGAUGCUAAGGCCAAGAAGUAAAUGACCUAUAAGAUAUGAAGGGGAAAUAAAAAAAAAAUAUGAAAAAAGA